UUUGCGCCGCCACCCACUCCCUCGGGAUCCUUCCCCGACCAGCCUCCACCUUCCUCGGGAUCUCCUCCCGAUCCAACCAGCAACUGCCUCCACCCUCUUCCCUCGAUUCCCCGUCGCUCCAAUCACCAGCUCCCUCUGUCUCUUGCCCGAGGCUCCAAGCUUCCCUGCCUCCACGAACACGAGCGCCCAUGGCCUUGUGUCCCUGCCGUCCUAGCAACAUCAGCAACAACCUCGCCAGAGAUGAGAUCCCCGCCGUGUCCUGCUCCCUUCCUUCCCCAUCUGCUCUCUCUUUUUCUCUCUCUCACGCUGCUCUCUCUCUCUGUUGGCCUCGUAGCGCCGCCGUGGAGGCCCCAGCUCCAACCCGUAGCAGCUGCGCUGCCGGAGUCGCCAUCACCUCGUCCCCUCGCCCAGCUCCACCGGCGACCAGAGCCACCUCGUCUCGCGGCCUCCUCUGCUUCUCCUCGAGCCCGCAGCAACAGCCCAACCGCGAGCCUCCCCACGCCAGCCCGUCUCCUCCUCCUCUGCUCCGGUCGUCCUCGCAGUUUUCCAGACGCCCGAGGCCGUGCCUCCUCUCCCUUCUCGGCUCGAUCCCAGGGGCAGCCACCACCUUGCCGUUCCCCUGCCUUGGCCUCGCGACCCCGCGCCUCCCUUCUGCAGCCCGUGCAAGCCACCAGGAGGCGGGCACCCGUGCUGCACAGGAGCCCCCGCGCCUGUAUCUCACCGCCGUGUCACUCGUCCGAGCUCCGGCGAGCCCAGCCACCUGGACCGUACCCCGUCGACCCCUGCAGCAGGACCAGGAACUUCUCCACGGCGCCAUGGCCGCCAUCGUUGCGUCCCGCCUCGCCGUCGAUCCGGCUGGAUCUGGACGGGAGCAUGCUCCUCCAUUCGUUCCUUGCGCCCACAACGCCAAAGUCCAUCAUGCCCAGCCGCCGGCGCUUGAACCUGCUCCCUCCUCUGUUCUUCAGUAACGAGAGCAGCAGCAGUUCGCUUGUCCCGCGCGUUGACCGCGCCACGCCAGCACCUGGGCCGCGUCCCGCGAGCCGACCCAGCAGCUGCAUCCUGUCGGCCUGCUGCUACCUCUCCACAGUUCUGGGCUGAGGCCCAUGCUUCGGUUUCCUUCCGGAGUUGUGAGGAUUCGUUCGACUACAUCCGUUUGUCUUCUUCAU